CAUGCACAGGUCCUACCAGCCGUUAAAGCCCGUCACCAACCGCUACCUGCAGCAGCGUUGGGACCAGAACAACUACGAAAACCACCGCAGGAAGGUGAUCUCUGCCCUGCCUGCAGUGGACACCAAGGGCAUGAAGACACCAACUCAUGUCCAGCUCAAACUGAAAAAACUACAGCUGCAGGAUGAGCGGCUGUCCAUCAUUGACAGAGACAACCGCCUCCUUGCCUCCAAACUGGCCGACAUCGUUUGCUCUAAAGGCCUGGUGGACCACCGGAACCAGUACCACCUGAGGAGUCUGAACGCUAACAAGAGGAGGGAGGAGCUUCUGCAGGUCAGCCAUCAGAAUCAGGCCAUCUACCAGCGGAUCACAUCCCGCCAGUCAGAGUACCGCCGCCAGCUGUGGCUGAAUGACUGGGAGAAGGCAGAGCGCAGGCGGGAUGACAUCUCCCAAUACCCCCGGGGGCUGGCAGACAAACGGAGGUCGCACAGGAAAGUGAAGUUUGCAGCUGUGGAGGACAGCGUGAGGUCGACGAGCUGCAGCAAGAGCGACACUGACAAGACCGACGGAGAACCCUGAACACACACACGCACACACACACACACACGCACGCACGCACACACACACACACACACACACACACACCUGUGUGCACUUCAGAGGACGCUCACUCUGGAUUUAGGUUUGGUUUUAUGACUGCUGACGUCCCACAUGUGUUUGCCUUUUCAGGCCCUUUUCAUAAGCACCAAAAUUGAUGUCUUCUUCUUCUCAUCUGUCUUCUUCUUCUCCUCCUCCUUGUUCUUCUUCAGAUGUCCUAA